UGGGACCGUGACCAAUGGGAGAGCGUCCUGGCGAACAGGGCGGAGCUUGGAAGGCCGGAACGAUUCGCCAUAACAACAUGCCUAGUAUUGGGUUAAAACUCUCGCCAUGAGCGUGGGGCGCUUGAACUGUGGCUAGCGGGCCUCAGUGGGCAGGGGCGGAGAGAAUUCAGGCCAGGGAAUAGGAAAAAAGCGGACGAUUCCCGCGAAGGCUGCGUCGUGACCAGAGCAUCACACUACCAGAACGUGACUGAGGGCAGGGACGUCACUCCGGCUGCAACCAAUCAGAGGCCGCGAGUGGCGGUUGCGUAGCAGCAGGGCGGGGCGGAGGGAGGGCGCCUGACUGACGUGGCCGGAGAGGAGGGUGACUGUCGCAGUCUUCCGCCGAGAAACAGAAAGAGCCAGGAGUGUGGUCUUCAGCCCAAAAAUAUUAAUACACACGACGGCCCCGCACGCUGGGGUUCUAAGGGAUGGCUGUGAGAAACCCGGAUAAUCACAGAGAGGGUCAGUGUUGUUGCAGGCAAAGGAUCUGUUGUGGGAGACGUUGAACUGACACCUUCAUCAUCGGCGUUAUCAUCGUCAUCGCCUUCAGGAAAGGGCAGCUUCAGCCCCUAGUUCGUGUGUCACUUUCAGCAAGCAAACGAGCAAUUUUCUGGCGUUUGGACCCGUGUGGGAAAGAAGUUACAGUACCGGCGAUCUAUAAAAAAGGGCCGGCCAGAGUUCGUGUUUGUUUUCCCCCCUCAGGCGUUUCAAACCUUGGCGGAUCGUCCCUGGGCUCGGCGGGUGUCGUGACGGAGACGAAACGCUGGGAUUCGCGCCCCAAUGGUUUUGCUGGCGUUCUCUGGAUUUUACAAUUCCAUGGGAAAAGUUUUGUUAGAACAGGGCUAAUUCCUGCCUGGGACACGCCAUACCGAACUGACCGCUUCUGUUUCGACUCAGGUAGACUAAGAAUCGGGCAGACAUCGAGCACGAAGUGAAACCCGCCGGCUCUGUGGUGUCUGGGUGACGUGCCACGCAGGGCCCUGGUAGUGUAGGAGCAGUGGUUGCAGAAGAGCGUGUUUCCACCGCCGCAGGGAGUAAUGGUCGUGAACACUGUCCACUGGUUCAGAAAGGGCUUGAGGCUGCACGACAGCCCUGCGCUCCGGGAGUCCCUCAAGGGCGCCGCCAGCUUGCGCUGCGUCUACAUACUGGACCCCUGGUUCGCCGGGUCGUCCAACGUCGGGAUCAACCGCUGGAGGUUUUUACUUCAGUGUCUGGAAGAUCUCGAUGCCAGCCUUCGGAAGCUGAAUUCCCGCCUGUUUGUCAUCAGAGGGCAGCCAGCGGAUGUCUUUCCCAGGCUUUUCAAGGAAUGGAACAUCAACCGCCUGUCGUUUGAGUAUGACUCUGAGCCUUUUGGAAAAGAGAGAGAUGCAGCAAUUAAAAAGCUGGCGAGUGAGGCUGACGUGGAGGUCAUUGUGCGGGUCUCGCACACCUUGUAUGAUUUAGACAAGAUUAUUGAGUUAAAUGGAGGGCAGCCACCUCUGACAUACAAGAGGUUCCAGACUCUGAUCAGUCGAAUGGAUCCUCUGGAAACCCCUGCAGAGCCUAUCACUGCAGAGGUGAUGGGGAAAUGCACAACUCCAGUGUCAGACGAUCAUGAUGAGAAAUUUGGGGUCCCAUCUUUAGAGGAACUGGGUUUCGACACGGAAGGCUUGCCCUCUGCUGUCUGGCCAGGAGGAGAAACGGAGGCUCUCACUCGAUUGGAAAGACAUUUAGAAAGAAAGGCGUGGGUCGCCAACUUCGAGAGGCCCAGAAUGAAUGCCAACUCCCUUCUCGCGAGUCCAACGGGACUGAGUCCGUACCUGCGGUUUGGCUGCCUCUCCUGCCGCCUCUUCUACUUCAAACUGACAGACCUGUACAAAAAGGUGAAAAAGAACAGUUCGCCCCCGUUGUCCCUCUACGGGCAGCUACUGUGGAGGGAGUUCUUCUACACGGCAGCUACUAACAACCCCCGGUUCGACAAGAUGGAGGGGAACCCCAUCUGCGUGCAGAUCCCCUGGGACAAGAACCCUGAGGCCCUGGCCAAGUGGGCCGAGGGCAGGACGGGGUUCCCCUGGAUCGACGCCAUCAUGACCCAGCUGCGACACGAGGGCUGGAUCCACCACCUGGCCCGGCACGCGGUGGCCUGCUUCCUGACCCGCGGGGACCUGUGGGUCAGCUGGGAGGAGGGCAUGAAGGUGUUUGAGGAGCUGCUCCUGGAUGCAGACUGGAGUGUGAAUGCAGGCAGCUGGAUGUGGCUGUCCUGCAGCUCCUUUUUCCAGCAGUUCUUUCACUGCUACUGUCCAGUGGGCUUUGGGAGAAGGACCGACCCCAAUGGCGAUUACAUCAGACGUUAUUUGCCGGUUCUGAGGGGAUUUCCUGCCAAGUACAUCUACGAUCCUUGGAAUGCGCCUGACAGUGUCCAGAAAGCAGCAAAAUGUGUCAUAGGGGUUCAUUACCCCAAACCCAUGGUGCACCACGCCGAGGCAAGCCGCCUCAAUAUCGAGCGCAUGAAGCAGAUAUACCAGCAGCUUUCGUGUUACAGAGGACUUGGCCUUCUUGCUUCUGUGCCUUCCAAUCCCAACGGCAGCGGAGGUGCUGGGAUGACGGGGUUCUCCUCUGGGGAGGGAUUGCACAGCAGCAAUGCUGCAGGUACUUCAGCAGGAGGAGUGGAGGGACAGGCUGUCACUGUGCUGUCUUACUCACAUGGAGAAUCUCACAGAGGGUUGCAACAGCAAGGAUAUCAGAUCCCCUCUGGCAGAAGUUCCCUUCCUUCGUACUCCUCAGGGGACUCUCAGGCUGGAAGCAACCUGUUGCCGCAAGGCUACACACGUGGAAGUACCGUUGUGCAUUAUACACAAGGAGAUUCACAGCAAACGUCAAGUGUGAUACUACAACAAGGGAGAGGGCACCUUCCCAGUGUGCUAACCACAGUGAAGCGACCCAGUCCUGAGGAAUCCACUCAAGGCAUCGUUCCCAAAGUCCAGAGACAAAGCAGUAACUAGCUUCGAUUUGGGAGGUGGUAGGAAUCGGAACAUUCAUAUACCGAUGGACAGAAGAACUCAACACUUUUCUCAAAGCUGUUUAUCUUUGCUGAAAAAACUUUAAAAUUAAAAAUAAAAUUAUCUUUUAUGAAGAGCACGACCCUUUCUGUAAGCACAUUUCCAUGUUCAGAAACUUUUUGAAAUGUAUAUUCUUACAGGGACAAUCUGGAACUUUGUGUAUAUAAAUUAUUUGAUUAAUUCAGCUUACUAAAACUGUAAAUAUUUGAUAUUGUAUGUUUUUGUUUAGUUAAUAGACCCAUUGAUAUAUUUUUGAUAUUACAAAUAUGAUACGUUACAAUUUAACUUUGAUCUAUAUUAAAUCUUCAGAUAAAAGAGAAGGAUGUUUUUAGACAUUUUUAGAUGCUGUUCAUCCUACUGUUACCUUUGCUGUCAGGAUGUUUUUACGUGCAUUCACUGGUGUCAGCUAUGAAGCUUUCUCUUUAAAGUUGUUCCUGUACAGUAUUAUUGAUAUUAUGUACAAUACCAAAUAGAAUUGCUUCUUUAUGUAUUGUCACUUCACAAUGUGCUUGUUUCAUUAAAAAAUCUGGGUAAUUUGC